AUGGCUUCUCCGCGGAGCGUCACCACCACAUGCAAACAUUUCAAGGGUGAUGCCACGCUGGUCAGCACACGUGUCGCGCUGCACCUGCGUGACAUGUUGCCGCAAUUCCUGCAUGCCAUAGGACGGGAUACAUAUAUAGACAGGCCUCAGCAGCAUACGCACAUCCCAGUAGAUCUCCUGGCGGAGUUCCCAGGUCGGCGCUGGACCUCCCUCCCCACACCCCUUCGCGUGCGGAGGACGCUGGAGACGCGGCCAACGGUGCGAGGAGGAGGGGGUUCCAUCACCGAUCCCAACAGGUCGUGCCAGCUAUUCGAGCUCCACGCGGGGGCUGCCGAGGCAGCGGCGGGGGUGACGCGCCACGCGGGCGCGGGGCGGCGCGCCCGCGCGCCCACCGGGGCCGCAGGCGGAGUUUUCCAUUCGGCGGCACGAAGCGCGCGAUGGGGUGUGCCUCGGCUUACGUUGCUCCCCUCGUAG